AUGAUACAGCCGAAAGGAUACGUUUCUUCUAACAAGUUACAAAAAUGCAACGUAUUAAAUUUAAUAGAUGAGUUUGAACAAGAAUUAACACAAAUGUCUGGAAAAUGUAUGGACGUCGGUUGUGGUCCCGGAGAUAUAACGAAAUAUAUCCUUUUGCCAGCUUUAAAUCCAAAUGCAGUAAUAAUAGGUACCGAUAUUUCGGAAGGUGCUAUCGAAUUUGCGAAGAAAACAUACAGUAACGAAAGACUCAGAUUUGAAGUAUUAGAUAUCCAAACUAGAAGUUUGCCUGAAAAAUAUAUUUCUGGAUUUGAUUAUAUAUUUUCCUUUCACGCUUUAAAUUGGUGUUAUGACAUUCGGUAA